AAACAUUGGAGCGCCUGCUGUUCACUGGAUGAUUUGAUGAAUGAAACCUAAGAGACUUAAGAGAAAAGCUAACCUUUGAAAACGUAGAACGGAUAUUUUAUGAAAAUGAGACAACAUCUGCCUUUUCUAGUAGACAAAAGGUCCACGGGACACAGAGGAAACCGGCAUUUCUGCAUAUGGACAAAUGAGGCGUAGAUUGUGGAUUUAAGGAUCGAUCCCAUAAGUUGACAGUAUUGAGAAUUUAAUGAAAGAAGAUCUCGCUCUUUUGCUGAAUUUCUGUCCUGAAAUUUUACAAAUUACUAAAUCUAGAUUAGGAUAAAUCCCUUAUAGAUAAAGCGAUACCAAUUCGUUAUUUGUUGGGAACUUAUGGCGAGCUGGGCGGUGGAGAUGCAAAGAUGCUGGAGCGAUGGACUCUUGUGGCUGACUUCACUCACCAUGCUCACACUGCCUCCUUGUCAGCAGUAGCUGUCAAUAGUCGUUUUGUGGUCACUGGGAGCAAAGAUGAAACAAUUCACAUUUAUGACAUGAAAAAGAAGAUAGAGCAUGGGGCUCUAGUGCAUCACAGUGGUACAAUAACUUGCCUGAAAUUCUAUGGCAACAGGCAUUUAGUCAGUGGAGCGGAAGAUGGACUCAUCUGUAUUUGGGAUGCAAAGAAAUGGGAAUGCCUGAAGUCAAUUAAAGCUCACAAAGGACAGGUGACCUUCCUUUCUAUUCACCCAUCUGGCAAGUUGGCUCUCUCGGUUGGUACAGAUAAGACAUUAAGCUUCCUGUUUUGCAGAACGUGGAAUCUUGUAGAAGGAAGAUCAGCAUUCAUAAAAAAUAUAAAGCAAAAUGCUCACAUAGUAGAGUGGUCCCCAAGUGGAGAGCAAUAUGUAGUUAUCAUACAGAAUAAAAUAGACAUCUAUCAGCUUGACACUGCCUCCAUUAGUGGCACCAUCACAAAUGAAAAGAGAAUUUCCUCUGUUAAAUUUCUUUCAGAGUCUGUCCUUGCAGUGGCUGGAGAUGAAGAAGUUAUAAGGUUUUUUGACUAUGAUUCGCUAGUGUGCCUCUGUGAAUUUAAAGCUCAUGAAAACAGGGUAAAGGACAUGUUCAGUUUUGAAAUUCCAGAGCAACAUGUUAUUGUUACAGCAUCGAGUGAUGGUUUCAUCAAAAUGUGGAAGCUUGAGCAGGAUAAGAAAGUUCCCCCAUCUUUACUCUGUGAAGUAAACACUAAAGCCAGGCUGACGUGUCUUGGAGUGUGGCUAGACAAAGUGCCAGACACGAAAGAAAGCUUUCCUCCAGCAGCACAGCCUUCUCCUGUAAGUAAAGAACAGUCCAAAAUUGGCAAAAAGGAGCCUGGUGACACAGUGCACAAAGAUGAAAAGCAGUCAAAACCUAACACAAAGAAACACAGUUUAGCAGGUGACAGUAAGAAAGCAACAAAAGAAAGAGGCCUGGUAUCAACCAAGAAGAGGAAAAUGGUAGAAAUGUUGGAAAAGAAGAGGAAAAAGAAGAAAAUAAAAAUAAUGCAGUGAAUCCCAGAUGUCUCCUGAAAGAACUCUUUUAGAUGAAAUUAUUCUACUCAAAUGUACAUUAAUUUUCUUUUUUUUCCCCUGAGUAAAAGCAAGAAAUUUCUUCCUUUGGAGAAAAUAUACAUAUUAAAAAACGACUUUUAGAUGGGUUUUUUUUUUUUAAAAAAAAACAGUGGUAAAAUUACUUUUGGCAGACUGUUCUAUGAAUUAUGUAUCAUGUUGAUAUAUGUUAAUGUGUCAUGCAAUUUUUGUACAAAGCAAAUAAAGAUCUUUCUCAAAAUAUACUAUAAAAUAAUAUAAAAUAUUGAACACAUUCUUUAUCA